CCAAGUCCUUGCAAAAUAAGAAAAAAAACCCGUUCCCUUUGUGAUAUGAUCCCAAUAUGCCAAUAAUCCUUAUUUUUCGUCCUUUCCAGUGAAUUAACUAAUAACGCUUUUUUUCUCAAAGUAAAAUUCGUUCCUUUUUCGAACUGUAGACGUCUGUCGGAAGAUUCUAUCCGGUUUUUGUUCGCAUUUCUUCAAUCUCAGAAGCUCGUCCGUUCGAUUUUAGGGUUUUCUGGGUUCUUCGAAAUUUCUAUCAGUCCGGUUUGCACCAAGUUAGAGGUCAAACAAAGUAUUGCUUGAAACCCGGAAGCUGAGAGCAUGAGCAUAUAGGUUAUGCAUUCAACAUGCAGAUAGGGUCAACAGUGAUCGUGAACUCCGAGGCACAUCCUCAUCAGGGGGGUUUCUUUGUUCAGGAUGGAGGUCCAGGUUUAGCUCCAUCCACCUCAAAUCACGUUGCACUGCAGCAGCCUGUGAAAAAACCAACCAGGCAAUGGGCUGCUUGGACACACCAAGAGGAGGAAAGUUUCUUUGCUGCUUUACGACAAGUUGGCAAGAAUUUUGAAAAGAUAACUUGUCGUGUUCAAAGUAAAAACAAGGAUCAGGUCAGACAUUAUUAUUAUCGUCUUGUGAGGCGUAUGAACAAGCUGCUGGGUCCAGGAUUAUAUUUGGAUUCCAAAAAUUCUAAAGAUACUAAUGCUGCUAUGCUUCGAUGGUGGUCGUUGCUGGAAAAGUAUAGCUGCAAAGCAUCAAAGCUUCACUUGAAGCCCCGAAGAUUUAAGAUCUUUAUAGAAGCAUUGGAACACCAACUCCUGAAAGACCGGAAGAAGAGUGUUAGGAAACGGCCUUCUCAGGGGGAAAACUGCCCUCCUAAUGCUCCAAGCACAGUUUCCAAUCAGAAUAGACCAUCAGGACAUGAUAAUCGCACAGUUAAACUGGUUCUUGUUGACAGUCACAAUAUUCAGAAAUUAGGACCUGGAAAAGCGUCAUUAAAGCGCAAUGUAAAUAUAGGUGUUAAUCGUAGCAACAAAGGAGACUCAAGUACCAUGAAACCUGCUAGACAACGACGAAAACCAGGUGCAAUCUCGUCAGCAGCGUAUAAAAAGUGGGAAAAGGCUGCAAUUGCUGGGGUUUCUUUGGUUGCUGAUGCUGCUGAGCACCUAGAGCGGGCAAUAACUGAUAAAGAAGUUGAGCAAGACAGAAGUGCUGCAGGGCAAAGUAGCGCUGUUCCUGUUGGAAAAGUUCUGCCGCCUAUGCCCGCUUUUGUACAAAAUAUUGAUGCAGAGAGUGGCACAAACAAUUGUAUGAAACUUAAGCUCCAGUUGUUCCCAAUUGACGAUGGUACUAGAAGAGCCUUGGAAAAUGAUAAACAUAAUCCAUACUUGGAACUCACUCUUAGUACUCGGAAAAAGAUAUCAUCAGUUUUGGAUCAUCUAAAUCGCAAAUGGGGAAAUUCGAAUGUAGCAUCAGGAGAGCUAACCCUGUUCCAUUACAGUGUCCAGAGGGAUAACCUGAUGGGCUAUCCUAGAUGGACACAAGACUCAAUUGUCAGCGCGGCAGAUGUAUAUGCAACGAUUGGAUGCCCUCCAGUUUUCCGUUUAAGGUAUGGUUGGUUCUCCAAUACUGAGCUUGGGUCUGUUGGAUUGCAAACACCUGUAGCAUCUUGCAGCAAUCAAGGUGAGCAUGAUAUUAAUGAAGAGAAGAGGAAGGAGCAGAUUGUGGAUUCAGCGCCUGUAUCUCCUCUUUCAACUGAUAAUCAGUCUGCCGAUAUCCAUAAGGAUCACUUAACUUCAACGAACAAUAGUUGUGUUCUCUCUGCACUGGCUUAUCAACAUUCUCAACCCCAACUACCCGAACGUGGUAAACCACGGUACAACCAUUCUCUUGGUUUGACUUCAGAUGAAGAGCCCAAUGAGAUAAAUGGCUACAUCUGCGCAAGUCCAAACGAUAACUUUGUGGGGGACCCUACGGAAAUAACGUCAUGGCAUAAAAAGGAGGCUGGUGAUCAGAAUACCUCAAGACAUCGGGGAGAGGUGGAUGACCUGAGAUCAAUUACUGGCACUGCACUAUCAGCCGGGGUGUGGGCGGAUAGCCUAACCAACAUAAGCAUGGGAGAUCUACUUUCAGGAGUAUCUCAUGAUUUAGAUACUAACUGCAUCGAUCCACCCGUUGCUGAAGGCUCCCAAUGCCUUCAGCAGAUCCCAUUUAGCUGUGAUUCGUUUGAUGCUGUAAUUGCUGCUCAUAUUUCUAGACAGAACAAGACGGGAUGCCAACCUACUAUGGAAUGUCAUGUAUCUUCCAUCUGGGAUGCUGAAGAAACAUGUGAUGCUUUCUCAUUUCAAAAGAAUUCUGUUUUCUGUCAAGAGGUUUCCAGUUUAUCUGCUGUUGCUCCUCCAGGGGCCUGCAAACAAACAGCUGUUGCAAGCUCAGCGGGCUCUGAUUGCAUGGUUGAGGAGAUACCUGUAGUAGAGAGGCCCAUUGAUGAUCCCCCUCGAGGUCCUAUAGAUGAAUGUCAGUCUGAUCCACGUAUCCUUGAGAGUUCAGUAAAAGAUUUCAAUGCGUUAACAGAUAUAUACUGGCCUGAAUCUUUAGGACCAUUAGAUUUGGAGAUGCCAUCUUCUAAAUACCAUAGUGAAGAUUUUGUUCUGAGUGAUAGUCUUAGUGGGUUGAACCGCCUUAUUGCCAGCAGUCUCGAUGCAUUUCAAAAUUGCUCCUUUUUUGGGGCGAACAAGAGAGAACCAACAGCAUCAGUUGAAGCUCGAGAAACGGCAUCCUUUUCAGAUUUUAAAAUUGGCAAUGGUGUUUGAGAUCUGCCAAAUGUUGGGGCUUCAAUUGUAGUACAGUGACUAUAACAUUUUCCUAAUGGCGGGGCUUCAAUGGGAGUUCAGUGACUAUAACAUUUUCUCAGUUUAGCUCUGACGUGAGGAUUGCAUGCCAAAGGUGCCCCUGCGAGCCCAAACGGAAUUCGAGCUUUCGUGUGUACAAUUCUCUGAUCAAAGGUUUUAAUUUGUACAAAUGUAGACAAAUUGUAUUUCGGCUUUUUAUUUGUUACUUCUUUUGUAAAUUGUGUAUUCCAGCUGAUGUAUGACCUCUACAACCUGACCGCAUAAAUCGGGUUUCAGAUACCCUGAUGUUGUCGAGUUAUUUGUACAUUCUUUCUUCCUCAAUGUUUAUUCCGUUUAUGCUGUCGAUUUUGUUGGCUGUCAA